AGAAGGGAAUUGGGACCAUGCGAGGGGCGGUGCUUGUGGGAGAAAAUGGCGGCCGUCAGAGGGUUGUGCCUAACUGCUGCGGCCCUGAGAGCAGUCACUCCCUGGCAAGGGGUCAGCAGGCUCCUCGCGGCCUCCCGCGGACCUCGGGCGCUUCGGGAACUGUCGUCCUCCAGCCCCGAAGCUGGCGAAGGGCAGAUCCACCUCACCGACAGCUGCGUCCAGAGGCUUCUGGAAAUCACCGAAGGGUCAGAAUUCCUCAGGCUGGAGGUGGAGGGAGGUGGAUGCUCCGGAUUCCAGUACAAAUUUUCACUGGAUACAGUUAUCAACCCCGACGACAGGGUAUUUGAACAGGGUGGGGCAAGAGUGGUGGUUGACUCUGAUAGCUUGGCCUUCGUGAAAGGGGCCCAUGUGGACUUCAGCCAAGAACUGAUCCGAAGCUCAUUUCAAGUGUUGAACAAUCCUCAAGCACAGCAAGGCUGCUCCUGUGGGUCUUCCUUCUCUGUCAAACUUUGAUGUGAUGACAGGUGACCCAGAGAUUACUAUCAUCUGUAUGGAUUUGAGGAACCUGGGAUUAGAAGAAUUCUAGAGGUUUCCUUCCAAUCAUGUCCCUUUCACAAUUUGAUUUCCCUCAAUCCAGGAAUGCUGUGUUUCACCACUAUUUAUUUUCAGAAUGUGAAGCUUUUACUCUUGAGUUAAUUUCUCCCACACAGUUGUAAGGCCAAGCCUGUAGAUGCUAUUACCUAAGAUUUAGUAACUUGUUGAAACCAGUAUCAUCUGUAGAGCCUCCAAGGUUCCAGAAUUUGGAAUUCUCUGGCCUUCAGAGCUACUUGUACAUAUGUGUAUAGCUAUGUAUAAAAGCUUCAUUUUAAAGAAAGUCCUUAAUUACUUGUGUUGUGGAUCAGGGUCACAGAUUGGGUAGGUUCAACACUGGUUACUAGGCCAGAGAGGAUGAAAAAGGCAAAUGAAAUGUUAUCUUUUUCAUCUCAUCCUUCCUGAAUGUGCUAGUUGAUUUACCCUUAUUUUCUAUGCAGCCCAUUCUCUGCUUCCCAUUUGUUACAGCAGAUAUGGUUUCCUCUCAUACUCAUGAAUCUGCUAGAUUCACAAAACCAAUCGCCCAUCACCCAGAAAACUUGGACCUAAACCUCACUGAUAACUUGAAUUGUUUGAAAAAUAGCCUCCAUACUCCAUAUUCACAUAGACGUUUUAAGCUUCUUUGAUCCUUUAGUGACUGAAUCUUUUUAGAAUAUGUUGCUUCACUUACCUUAUGGUGUAAAAUGUUUCUGGUCUCAUUGCAUAGCAGGAAGUGGUCCCUUUGUUGGCAUAGAUAAUAGAUACUUGGGGAUUUUUUUUUUUUUUUUUUUUAGUUUGGACUACCAGAUAAAAUGCAGGAUGCCCAUUUAAAUAUGAAUUUCAGAUAAAUAGCAAAUAAUUUUUAGUAUAAGUGUAUCUCAGUGAAUACUAGAAAUUAUUUGUUGUUUAUCUGAGAUUCAAAUUUAACCGGGUAUCCUGUAUAUUUAUUUGUUAAACUUGGUAACCUUACUUUAGAGUCACUGAAAGAAGAGCUUUUUAGCCACAAAUUCCGAUGAAUUUUAAAGUACUUGUUUGGUAUAGCACUUAAAUAGGCUAAAGAGCUAGAAAUAAUCGUGGUAUGUGUGUGACGGAGCUGGGGCAGCCAGAACUGCAUGGACAGACAACUAAAAAAAGACAAAAACACCACCACCAUGACAAAUGAUUAAUGAAUGCUAAUGCUGGGGAAACCAUAACCAAGUUGAUUCUGUAAGGAUUAUUGGUUAAACCCAUCUUUUCCUCGAGAGCCUAAAAGUUCAUGUCGGCAAAUCUUGCAUUUCUGGACUGGAUUGAAAUUUUUCUAGACUGGAUUGGAAUUAAGGUCAUUCAAUAAAGAAUUUACCAUUAGAAAAAUAGAAAUACAGAAUUUAGAGACAAAAUAUCUGAGACAGAAACUUCAUACUUACAUUUUCAAUAUGGGAAAACCUAGGACUCAGAGAAAACCUAUCGUGUGUGCAGUGUGUACAAAGAUGAAAGAAAGGGACACUCAGAAACCUGAGCAGUUUUUUUUUUUAGCAGAUAUCCAUGGAAGGGGGCAGAAAGCAGCAUACUGUGGAAGUGUCUGUGUGUAACUUUACUAAGCCAUUGAAAAUUGCUGCCAAUACCUGGGCCUAAUAAGAUUUUCAGCUCAGACUAAGUCCUUUCAUCCUCAUUGGAAAGAGAUUUUGUUACAUUUUAGGUGUUGAACCUCUUCUUCCAUGAUAUUUUUGUGGGUUAUUUAUUUAUACGGUGAUCUUAGCACAGGCAUGAUAGCUUUAGUUGUUCAAUAAACAAUUAAAUUCCAGUGGUCAGUUAGGCAGGAACAGGGUCUCUUUGAUUGACCAUGUAUAAAUACCUCAUAUUAAUGGAAGAAUUGGAAUUUUGUGUUUACAAAGGGUGGGUUAGGGAGGAAUCACCUUAUCGCACUGGAAAAGCUUCAUAGGGAAACCUGAGGUGGUGACAAGAGGUCCCCAGUGGAGGAGGGCAAUGUAGAAAUUUUAAGAACACAGGGCAGAGGGAGUUGAUAGCAUCAAGGGGACAGGACAGUUGGCUUGGAAUAAUAGUAAGUGAUGGUAAAACAGGUUUAGGAUCUUCUGCAGGCUCUUCUGACCAGAUGCCCUCUUCCUGGCAGGCCGUAAAAGCCAGCAGACGUUUUCACAAAUUUUGCUCACUGUGCAGUUCAUUUAGGAAAAUGUUAUACUCUUCCAGUAUCAGCUGAAAGAUUUUUUUGCCUCCCUAUUACUUUGAGGGGAGGUUAUCAAGACGCUAUUUAUUGCAGAAUUGGUUUUAUUUAACUUCAUAAGCUAGUGACUGCCUGGGGCAACAUGCCCCACCAUUGCCGUAGCCAAACAUAACUGUGUAAGAACUGAAGGCACAGGAGCCCUCCCUGUGCUUUAUGUGUGAAUCUUUAUGUUGUUGGCUCAAAAGAGGGGGCUUCUUGGUCACCAUCCAGAUCUUUCCUUGUUGCGGAAUCAUACUCUUCAGUUACAUGAUUGAUAGUGACCAGUGUUAUAUAAACUAUAGGUGUCCCACCCACCCGUAGUUUCUUUGGGAAUGUUGACCAGUUACAAGGGAUUCAGAAGUAAGAGAUUAGGAAGUACUAAGGUAGGUGUCCAAGAAGAUACUCUUCUUUCUCUAACUUCUGAGAAUUGCGCCCCGUUCUUUUGGUCUUUUGUCAUAAAGCGUGAGCGGAGGGUCCACAUUUGUCAGGAGCAUCCUAUACAGAUAAGUGGGCAGCACUGACUGUCAUGGGGUAGCCCUCCCGUGAACUCUGGCCCUGAACUGACACCCUGCAGUGGGCAGAGCCCCUUGCGACAUUAUCAUGGCCUUGCAUGUUUGUCUCAAAUGCAGGAAACUCCUCUACUUUUCUAGAUAACUUGCGUUGAUGUUUAUGAUUGCUCUUUUAAAAUCCUUGUUUACCAUUUCUCCACAGAAAUGCCGCAGGGCUGUUUAAAGGAAGUUUGCUUUAAGAAGUUUUGAAAUAAUUAUCAUCUGGCUUUAAUUGUAAAAUAUAGUCAGAUAAGUAUAUAAAGAGAGGGAGCAUUUAAGCAGUCUAUAUCCAGCAGCUGUAUUUAAAAAUAUUUUAUUUUUGAAUAGGUAAGACAUAUGGUACAAAAUUCAAAAAGACACAAAAGGGAAUACAGUGAAAAGUCUCCCAAUCCUGUGCCCAUGCACUCUGUUGACCUCCCCAUCAACUACCCUUGUUUCUAAGAAUUGAGCCCACAGGUACAAUUCCGUAGAUAUAAUGUGAAAUAACAUAUGCACAAGAAUGUUCAUUACAGCGUUAUUUUUAAUAGCAAAAGAUAGGAAACAAUGGAAAUAUCCAUUAAUAGGGGAUUGAUUAAAUAAAUUAUGAUUUAUCCGUUCAAUGGAGAAGUAUACAGUUAUAAAAUAGAAUGAGACAGCCCUUUAUGUGCAAGUAUGUAUUAAGUAAAAAAAGUGCAGAACACCAUGCACGGUAUGCCAUUUGUGUUUCUAAUACAAGGAAGUAUGUGUAUAUGCGUGAAAUGUCUUGGGAAGGGCGAGCAGGAAGGUGAGGGGUGGGAGGAGGAGCGGUGGGAACAGCAUUUAAGAAAGUGCAGCACUUGAAGGGCAUAUUGAGGAAUGGUGAGUUCUCUGAAAUAUGGCGUGUGAGGUGGAGUAGCAAGGAUGAGGUCAGCAGAUAUCCAAUUCUUUUCCCCCUCUGUUUUAGACAAAUAGCAAUAGCUGCGUAGCCUUCACUUUGUUGUAUAACCUUUUCCCCUUAAUCUAUUUUGGAAAUCUUACCCAGGCAUUUAGAGCCACUUUUUUUUUUUCUUAUUAGGGCUCCAUAGCAAUUAAUUGCUUCUAACCUUUUGCUAUUACAAAUAAUGCUGUAAUAAAUAACCUCUUACAUAUGUCAUUUUCCAUUUGGUAAGAAUAUAUCUGAAGGUUAAAUUCCAAGAAGUGGAAUUACUGAUUUAAAGAGUAAGUGCUUUUAUAAUUUUGAAAGACACUGCCAUAUUAUCCUCUUCAGAAGUUGUGUCAAUAUAUACUCCGGUCAGCUAUGUACGUGAGUACCUCUUUCCCCAGGUGCUUGCCAAUUAGGAGUUUUAACGAACUUAAAUCUUUGCCAAUCUGACAGUUUAAAAAAGUGUCUCAGUGUAGUUUUAACUUGUGUUUCUUUUUAUUAUGAAUGAAGGUCAGAAUAUUUUCAUA